ACAGGUAAAUCGUAACGCGAGUCAGUUUAUGUCAGUUUAUACCUUCGUCGCCUCCCUCAGGAUGUUAUAGUGACACUUAAGAGGACAAUAACACGUCAAAACACUUAGAAAUAUUCCUACAGUCUUCACUUAUCGAGGUUUAAGUACACUAAGGAGGGGUUGGAGACACUACAGCGGCCACAGGGUUUAACAAGCGGGAGGUGUUGUGAGGAUGGAGGUGCGGGGUUGGUCAGAGGGGCAGGAGGAGGAGGAGGAGCAGUAUGACGUAGGUUGGUGGAGAGGAGGAGGUGAACAAGGGAGGGACGUAGCUCCUCCACCUCACUAUUUGGAUGAGCCACUGAACAGAACUCUGCCUCCUCGUGAUCAAUGGGACUCACCAGAUGAUUCCCGCCUCCCACUAGUUGAUUCAGACCUCCCACUAGCUGAUCUUCGCCACUCACCUGCUGACCAGCGCCGCCCACCUCGCACUCCGUCCCCCAGGUCGAGGCGGCCAGGGAGGGACCGGUCACCACUACGUCAUCACAGAGGUAACAGCCCCAGCCAAUCACCACAGCGCCAGAAGAGACGCGAUAAUCGUGACCAAUCACCUCGUCGACAAGACAAUAGACGUAACAGCCCCAACCAAUCACCACGACGCCAACGCAAAGGUAACAGCCCCAGCCAAUCACCACAGCGCCAGAACAAACGUGAUAAUCGUGACCAAACACCUCGUCAGAAUGAUAAACAGGCGAGCCAGGAACUGUUACCGACACAGACUGCUACAGGUGUCGGGCAGCAGGUCAGUAGCAGGUCACCAGUGAAGCAGCACCGCCAGGGGUACACCCGGGGACAACAACACAAACCGGGGCAGUUACAUCCCUCUGAGGCAGCCAAGCUGGAGGAGGAGAAGACCACUGCCCGCCUGGAGGUGUUCAGCAUCAUCCUACACAUCAUCGCUGCCGGGUCGGCCCUCACGGUGAUUAUACCCAUGGCCAUGGUCACUACGCGGUGGGAGACUUACCGUAAGAUGUGUCCGCUAUUCGUCGACACGCCCCCGACCCUCAGUAGCCAUUGGGGAUGGGGCAACCCGGACAUGACUCCCUGUAACACGACGGCGUUCUUACCUAUCAUGGUGCUGGCGCUGUCGGUGACGCUGCUGUUGUUCCAUCUUGGUCUACUUCACUCUUGGCGCACCAAAGGAGAACCACCAUCGUUCGCCUUCACUCGCCUCUACACCCUCGUCGUCUUGGCCAUCGUCACCCUCGAGACCGUGAUCGCCUUAGCCGUUGCCAUCACCCUGACGGAGGGGUUCAGACACACCUGUAUCUCCUUCGACCUAAACCUCUCCUGGAACGAGUACAUCCACACCUGUAACCAGAACUACGACGACCGAGACCAGGCCUACAUGCUAGACAACCUCCGGACCUUCGAGAAAAUCGUGACGGGGCUCGUUGGUUCGUGGCUGUGUGGCAUCACGACCAUACUUCUUACCAUAGUCUAUAUGAUAAGGUCGAAGAUAUGUUCAUGUGAGCUUGUGUGUAUAUAACUAACCAUGUGUUCUGUGUCGCUCCUGCAAGUCAUCCAUCUUGUUUAUAUCUCUCCAUUAACCUGUCUUUCGUCUAAUACUUGUAAUAAAAAAUAAAAGAAAA